CACCAUCACCGAGCUCUCUCUCUCUCUCUCUCCUCUUCCUCGGCACGCACGCGCGCGAGCGAGCUCUCCUUCCUCGUUGAGGUGCAUUGAUGGCGACCGAAGUGGCUGACGCUCCGGUACCGCUGGCGGAGGCGGCCCCCGACGCCGCCGCCGAGGCCCCGGCGGCGGCCGCCGCCGACGCGAAGCCGGCCAAGGCUAAGAAGGCCGCCGCGCCGCGGAAGCGCACCAACCCGACCCACCCGCCGUACGCUGAGAUGAUCUCGGAGGCGAUCACGUCGCUCAAGGAGAGGACGGGUUCCAGCCAGUACGCGAUCGCCAAGUUCGUGGAGGACAAGCACAAGGACAAGCUGCCGCCCAACUUCCGCAAGCUGCUGCUGGUGCAACUGAAGAAGCUCGUCGCCGGCGGCAAGCUCACCAAGGUCAAGAACUCCUACAAGCUGCCGUCGGCGCGCGCCCCGGCCGCCGACAAGCCCAAGCCCAAGCCCAAGGCGAAGCCGGCAGCCGCGAAGCCCAAGGCGAAGCCCAAGGCCGGCGCCAAGAAGCCCAAGGCCGCCGCCAAGCCCAAGGCCAAGGCCCCCGCCAAGGUGAAGCCAGCCGCCAAGCCGAAGCCGGCCGCCAAGCCCGCGGCCAAGCCGAAGGCAGUCGCUGCGAAGCCGAAGCCAGCCGCCAAGCCAGCUGCCAAGCCCAAACCGGCCGCCAAGCCGAAGGCCAAGCCCGCAGCCAAGCCGAAGCCGAAGGGUGCUGCCGCCAAGCCGAAGCCCGCUGCCAAGACGAAGGCCGCUCCCGCCCCGUCCCGGACGACCCGCCCCGCCAAGGCCGCCAAGACGUCGGCCAAGGACACUCCGGGGAAGAAGGCGGCUCCGGCGGCCAAGAAACCCGCCGCCGCGGCGAAGAAGUCCCCUGCCAAGAAGCCUGCUCCAGCGAAGAAGGCGGCAGCCCCGGCGAGGAAGGUGCCGGCCCGGAAGGCGAAGAAGUAGAUUGUUCGGCGUCGAGGAAUCUAGGGUUUCGUUCUUGUUUGGUUCCUAGCUGUUUCUCUUUCUCUUCUCUUCCUUUUUCCUUAGUCGAGGGCGAGUCAGGGGUACUAGCUUGUAAAUUUGAUAUGGAAGCGGGGGUACACUGGACAUUGCGUACCCAUGGUGAAAAGACGAAGGCGACGACGAUGACGACGUGUUUGUUAGGUGUUGUAUUUCUGUAGCUGGUGAUGGGGAGUUGAGGUCCGCAUUGUGUUGUUAAAGUUUAUCAUGUGGUGAUAGUAUUUGUCGAGAAAUUACCUUACCUUUGCUAAUUUACUGUACUGGUGGCUGCUGUUUUGGCUCUGGCCUGAUCUGAUCUGAAUUCCAGAUCUGAAAUAGAAUGAUUUGGUGUGCA